AAGCAGUUGGCUACUUGGCUUCAAUUGGAGUACGGUGGCACCCAUUUUUACCUCUGAACCGCAAACGGACGGCAGAACCCACCUCAGCUACUCUUCAGAGAAUGCUUGAGUCGUCUGUGAUCUCAAUUCUUAUCUGCGAAUCCAAUCCCUAAUCCCCAAUUUUAACUGCAAGAGAAUGAGCUCUUCAAGUGCUUCGCCGUCACUUUUCGUUGCAACCGAGGUCUCUUCUUUUAUUCCUCGCCGUCGUAGCAACCUCUCCGCCUUCACUUCAUCUACCUCAUUUCUCUGCAUACCCAGAUCGACAAGCCCCAGGAUCCUACGCCUCUCUGCGUCUGUUGCAAAUGGGAACCUUGACCUCUCCUGGUUCCCUCCCGACCCUAAUUCUGUGCCUGACAAUUACGGUGGCUGGGCUGUUGUUGAAGCUCCUCAACAGAAAAAGAAAAAAGGGUUGUCUGCUAUUGUUAUCGGGGGUAUUGGGACCUCAGUUGCUAUCGUGCUUGCUACCGUUGCUUACUUUUCACUAUGCAAAGGGGGUUUUAAUUUUCACCUUAGAAGCCCAUUACAGUCUUUACAUGGGGUGUUGGGUUGGGAUGAGACUACAACUGACAAAAGCAAAAUUGAAGACUCUACUGAGUUUGUUGAAGAGGUCAAGGUGUCUGAGACGAGCCCAGAGUGUGAAGCUGCUGCAAGCAGUGAAAUUGUUGGUUCAGCACCAGUGGGCAAACAUGAACGAAUUGUACUACCAAUUGCUGUGGAUUCUACUCAAGAAGAAGCUUUGUCUGUUCUAAAAAGUCUGAAGAUCAUUGAAGAUGAUGUAAGAUCUGAUGAAUUGUGCACUCGGAGGGAAUAUACAAGGUGGUUGGUCGGUACAAGUUUGUUAUUGGAAAGGAAUCUGAAGCACCGAGUCGAUACAUCUCUAGCACUUUCUGCAUCAGUGAUUGCAGCAUUUGAUGAUGUGGAUAUUGAAGAUCCAGAUUUCAAAUACAUACAAGCCUUAGCGGAGGCAGGCAUUAUUCCCACCAAGCUCUCAGGGAAAAUGACUAGUUCUGAUAAUUCAACAAGCCCAGCAGGAGUCUAUUUCUUUCCUGACAGCUUUCUCACUCGACAUGAUCUCAUAAAUUGGAAAGCUCUAGUAGAGUAUGAAUUCAAGCCAGGAAUAGUAGAUCAGAUAUCAAGGACAAAGGUGGAGUAUAUGGAUGUGAAGGAGAUCAGUCCAGAGUCAUCUCCGGGACUUUUCAUGGACAUGUUGGCUGGAGAGAAAAGCAUACUCAGAAAAGUUUUUGGACAAAGCAAGCGGUUUCAACCUAAUAAACCUUUAACCAAAGCACAGGCAGCAGUGGCAUUGACAAGUGGCAGGAUGGCAGAAGCAAUUUAUAAUGAAUUAUCUAGAUUAGAAGCUGAAAGUGUUUCUAGGCAAGCUGAAAUGGAAGAAAUUAGGUCCGAGAUACUUGACAGAGGAGAGAUACAGAGGUUUUGGUAUGAAAAGCUGGAUGAAGAAAGAGUCCGUGCUCUUGAGGUUGAGAAAUUUUAUCUUUCUGUAAUUGAUGACGUAGAACAGGAGAAAAUUGUUAGGGAAAAGUAUUUUGCUGAGUCUUUGAAGGAAAAGGCAGCUAUGGACUGCCAGAGGCAAUUGCUAUUUAGUCUGAAGGAAGACAUUAAUGAGAUGUCAGAGAGGCUUGCAUCUGAAAGGGCAAUCUAUGUCACUGAGCAAUGUAAGUUGCAGGAUAUGCUAAGUGAUUUGAAAUCCAAACAAGAGGGAGUGCUUGACACAAAAUCCAUACUUGAAGCUGAGAUAGAAGCUAUUCGAAUCCUUAGAUCUUGGGUAGAGGAUGAAGCAAGAAAAAGCCAAGCCCGGGCUAAGGUUCUGGAGGAGGUAGGAAAAAGGUGGAGAUGGGAUGAUAAAGCCUGACUCCCCAUUACCUCAGAAAGUAGAAACAUGAUUCACCCAUAACAGAAGUCUAGAUAAAAAAACCCCAGGGGAAUGAAACUAAAACAUCAUGAUUGUUUUUAUUUUGUUAUCCCAUGGAUGGAAUGAGGGAAGUUUGGCUUAUUUUGUUAUCCCAUGGAUGGAAUGGGGGAAGUUUGGCUCAUCUUUAUAUUUUCUGAGCUAUGCAUUUGUUUAAUUUAUUGAUUGCACCUUCACUGAUUUACAUCUCUAUUGAAGGAACCAAGAACAGAAGAAAUUUUUUCUUUCCAU